GUUCGAACCUCGGAAGUUUACGUUUUCAAACCUCUCUCGAGAUACAUAUAUCGUCGCCGCGUUACGAAUCACGCGGCUCUCUGUUAUUAUUUUUUUACUUUUUUCCAAUAAUUCUGAGAUAUUUUGUGCGGUGGCAUUGCAAUCUCGACGGUUCGUUCAAAUCGCCGUUGUCCUUUAUUUCAACUUGAUUUUUUUGCAUCGACUAUUUUGUUAAACGCUUCAAAAGCAUCGGCACUUUUGACGAAUAAAGUAGCCACGUUUACUCAACCGUGUGACUCAUUUACUCACAACAGUGUCAAUUUCGUGACGCGCUUUAGCCAGGGUCGUGACUAAAAAAGGCUGUCGAAACAAUCGACCAGAGUAGAAGUGCGACUAUCCAGAUUUUAUGUUUUAACGUGUUUGUUAAAAACAGCUGGUGAAAAAGUUUAUCGACGAUUGGUGCAAUGAGUUGUCAGAAACCAGCAGGCAUUGGUAACGAGGAAAAACACGAAAAAAAGCUGCACUCAGUGAAAUAUUUCGUGUUUUUGUAAAGUGCAAAUCAAACGGUUCAACGGAAUCGGAGGUAAUGCGCAAGGGUGAAUAAAAAAAAAAAAAAAGAAAAAAAAGAAAAAAAAUAAAAACAGAAACAAAACGUGCAACGUACAUCAACGUCCGUUUCACUCAUAAAUACUUAUUCGAAGUAUACGCGCUGCUGCGGUAUCAUCAAUAAAAGAGCUAUAUUUACGCUCGACAGUGGUUCGAGUGCGCGUCUGGUCAGACACGAAAGAAAAGUGCACGUCGCGUGGUCAGUCUCAGUGUCGAUGGGCAUCGAUUAUCUCCUCCUUUUAAAUCAUAUGCAUUAAGUUCGGACAACGAAACGAAUAACAAGUGGACGAUAAAACCGUAGAGGAUUUAUAAAAUACAAAGACAUUGAUAGCCAUAGAAAAUGAUAAAUUUGUUUAAACACCACUCGGUCUAGUUGGGUGCUACAUUCGAAUGGGAGCUUCGACUUUGUGGCUGUUCGAUAGGGGCUGCAUGACAACUUGUGGGUAAGGGUGGAGGAAUUUCGUCGUUCACUUGCGUAGCAGAGAUAAGCCAAAGCGAAAGGAAGAGAGGGAAACAACGAGGGCAAGAAAGAUAAAGGGAAAGAGAGAGGGAGUGUGAGAAUAAUUGAAAUCGAAGGAGUGUAAGUAGUGCAGAUACGUGUGUAGCUAAACGACAGGAUUUCCUGACUGCUCUAUGCUUUUCGAGUGUGUAAAUCGACUAGUGGCUAUGAGUUUAGCGGUUUGAAGGAAGGGAAGGCAAACCUUGCCACCUUCCACAAGGACGCUUGCCGGAAUUCUCUCGAUAUCUCUCGUAACUCUCCGACGGAUUCUCCGCCCGACGGGAAUUUGUUACCACUACCCGUUCCCCCAUGUAUACACAUUGGCACCGAGAUCCAUAGCUCCAUCUGUGUGCACGAUCCGAUCGUUUACUGAACGGUUAUUUAUUCUAAUGCUAAUAUGUGCUACCAGGACUCGCGCGGUCACAACAGUGUGCCAAGCAAAAGAAACGAUCGGCGCUCUCCUCCUCGAGGCCUUGAACGUUUCCAUUUGAAAAGAAUUUACGACGGAUCAAUAUCGAUCGUUGAAAUCCUCUAAAUCAAUCAACCGCAUGGAUACCUAUGUGCUUCGAUAAAUACAGACACAUGCACAUGUGUGUAUAUAAAAGUAUAUAUGGAUAUUGUGAAGUGCACCGUUCGGUGGUCAUCGAAAGACGUGAACAAGGGGAAUGAGAGCACACAAAAAAUGAGGGGUCUAUUGUUCGCUCUUGGGCUACUCUUCGCCGUCCAAGGACCGGCUGGGUGCACAAACGAGGAUGACAAUCAGGAGGAUCUUGAACUCGAACCCCUCGAUCGUGGACCAUAUUUCGACGUCUCAGCAUCCCGCAACGUGACGGCGCUGGUCGGCAACACAGCGGUGCUGACUUGUCGCGUACGAAAUUUGGGCGACCGAACGGUGUCCUGGGUCAGGCACAGAGAUAUUCACCUUCUCACAGUCGGAACCGACACGUAUACGUCGGAUGGAAGAUUCGUAUCGUCGCAUUAUCCAAGAACCGAGGACUGGACAUUGCAGGUCAAGUUCUCACAGCGACGAGACUCGGGAACUUACGAGUGUCAGGUCUCGACUACCCCACCAAUUGGACAUUCGAUGCAUCUAUCAGUCGUCGAGCCCGUGACGACGGUAGUCGGAGGUCCGGAAAUGUACAUAAACAGGGGUAGCACGAUGAAUCUGACGUGCGUUGUGCAUCACAGUCCGGAGCCACCGCCGGCCAUUUAUUGGACACAUAAUGAGGAGGAGAUUAAUUAUGACAGUCCGAGAGGUGGCGUCUCGGUAAUCACGGAAAAGGGUGAAAUAACGACGUCCUAUCUCCUCGUACAACGAGCUCAACCUGCCGACAGUGGACGUUACACGUGCCACCCCAGUAAUGCCAAUUGGAAAACUGUUCUUGUCCACGUGCUCAACGGCGAGCACCCGGCUGCAAUGCAACACGGCGGACAGCUGAGACUGGGGAAUCCACCGUUCGUGAUACUCCUAGCAAGUCUUUUAGCUUUUUUGAAUCAUCGUCACUGAAAUGACAACAUUAAAGCAAGUAGCUCGAUAGAAGCGGGUUUCUAUGGUUCACGCUUCGUUGCUACGGGAAAAAGGCCUACGCUCGUUGCACUCACGAAUACUCGUGAAGUGAAUCGACCGAAUCUCCGAUCCCUCGCACGGCCUUCCCCCCGGCCUCUCGACUCUCUUCCGCUCUUUCGCUCAAUCUGGAGUAUCCUUGAUAUUCCAGUUUUGCUACGGUGAAUCGAGACAACCAAAGAGUGAAGAGUUUACCAGUGAGAGGGAAAAAGAGAGGGAGAGAGUGGGUGAGACGAUGAGAUCGCGGGGUGAAGAGACAGAAUGAUGAUAAGUGUGCGCAGAGAAGCGUGAGAAGAGGCGUUUGGGCGACGAAGCUAUGGAUGACACCUCGAGCUUUCAGGGCGAGGGAGAUCCUCUCGAGGGGAAACAUCGUGAAACCGAAGUGUCUUGGCAUAGUUCAUACCACGAGAAUAGACACCAGUAGGAAACAACGGUAAACUAUCCAAGAGCAGGCUCGGGCAUCGAGUUUCGAAACACGAUUUCUCCGUGCACCCUGUGAAUAUUAAGCAUUCGAAUAAGCAGCUACAGUGAAAACGACACGCAAAUCCAAUCACAAACAUUGAUGCUUCAUCGGCGUAUAUAUGUGAAUGAAUGCAUAUAGACUUUCGAACAAUGUAAUAUGUAUACAGUUAGUUACGGGAUCCGGGGACACUAACGAUGAUGAAAUUUCAAUCCCUCAACAGGAUUGAUUUGAGGACUUAUCCAAAGUCUUCCUAUAGCAUUCCUAUCGGCUUCUACUCCUUUGUCACGGUCAGUACAGUGCAGAGACUGCAGGUUCUCUGAUUAAAUCGAUUCAGAAAUCCCUCGCAAUGUAUAUAUUUUAUCAUAUUUUGUUUUUAGGGAGUAACCUUUCGUAGUAGGAGUACUCGGGAUCAAUUGAAAUGCUGGGUCGUAACAAUUGAAAAAAAAAAAAAAAAAAAAAAGCAAAAACGUUUUUUUUGUACACUGAUACGUUAAUUACAGUGAUUUUAAUUACAUCGUGAACGUAACAACGCACAAAUUCGUUGAAGCAUCGAUAUUACUUUUAAUCUCUCUAGUAUCGAAUAUUUUUUACAUUCUCAAUCCGUGAAAAACUUCCGUAUGAAUGGGUUGGAAUUAAUUUUGUUACGUGUAUUGUUAUUGCGGAUCUUAAGAAAAUCAUGAUUUCUAAGCAUUUUGAAUCUUAUCGAACGUGCUGUGUUUUAACGAGUGACGCCACUUACAAUCGAUAAAAUGAUCGCGGUGACGUAUUAUCGGAAGUUCAAUCUGGUUAGCUUGACAAGAGUCACAAGAAACGAUUUAUUGAAACGAAUAUUCGUCGGGACACAAUGGAUAAUACUGAACUUCCUCGUGGAGAACGGUUCGAUGAAAUAAUCCGGGAAGUCGAGCAGUCUUUGCAACAAUCGACGUAAUAUACGGGGAUUGAUUGUCCUGGCCAGGAGAACUGUUAUUGAGAGACUAAGCCAAAAUGAUAAAUCACUGUUGAGGGAAACCGUUAAAUCUCGUAUUUAGUGUUUCGUGUGGGAAUGAAAGAUAAAGCGGGCGGACGCGAGUGUGUUGUGAAGGACGAUUUUGUGAAAAGAACGCUUAAUGAUAGGUGCGUGAGUGCGACGAAUAAACUCGUUUACUUAACACAGAAGAGGAUUGUAUCUCGAGCAAAUCAGGCACAGAAGAUAUUGGUGUGCGUGAAAACUGUGCUUCACAGUUCUUGCCUUUCCCCUUAUUCCUUUUACGCAGUUAUCUUGAUGACCACCGGACUUAAUUGUGAACAUGGCAAGCUAGCAUUAAGAGUCCACCUGCUUUCGUGUGUGGUGUGGAUGAAGACGUGCAAUCGGUAUUCAGGAAUAAUGGCAAACUUGAGAGAGAGAGAGAGAGAGAGACAGAGAGCGAAAAUUGAAUAAGUAUGCUAGCCCGUUGACCGAGUUGAAUAUACCAUUAGCGAGUAGAACCACCAGAAUAGUAUCUUUUCGUUAUCUCUAUGAUAUUGAAGAUAUAUUAUUUGUUUCACUGCUGGGGUUCGCCUCCACAGCCUCGAAAACGCUCAAAUGGUCGAGCGGGUUUCCACCUCUCCCGCAGUUCCCACUUUUUCUCAUUCUCCCUCCCUCCCGCUCUACCACGCUCUCCGUUUAUCUCUAUCUGUAUAUUUGCUUUUGGGGAAUUACAUGAAAAUCGUGUACGGUGAACGUCGAGCGAAGAGAGUGCUCUGCUUAGAGUUAAUCCUUCUGCUGAAACCAAAUGCAUUUUUAACGAACGCAUCAGUACUGCGUUCUAAAUGGUACGUAUUCGCAUGGUCUCUAAAUAUGAUGCUCUACCGUGCUGGAAGAAUUGGAGAGACAGAACAGCGAGAGAGGUAGAGCGAAGAAACAGGUCAUUAACGGGCUUCAACGGGGUCCACGAGCUUUUCCUUUGACCAACUGUGAGACUAGAGAUUACAGCAUUGUGUGGAGUGAGUGCAUGAAUGAAUGGGAGCGAGUGAAGCGGAGUGGCGUGCUCUUGAAAGAGAGAGAGAGAGAGAGAGAGAGGACACGAGUGAAUUUAUCAUUCUGUAUGUCGGUGAAGCAAGAAAAAGAAUAAAUUGUCAACCAGAUCACGCCCGGAAA